UGUUGCCCCCUGGAACGUUUCGGGAGAGUUUUCUUUGAGAAGUCUUGUCGUUCUUAGCUUUCUACACGCAUUUCUUGGCGCUUUUUCUCACCAUGGCUACUGUUUUGAACGACGGAAGGAACGUGAUUAGGUUUAACAACAGUGAGGGCCAAACGUUGCUGGAAAAUUGGGUCGAAGAGAGACAAGUUCAACAUCUAGAUGAGUAUGUGCCAGAAGAGGGAAGUCCAGAAACUCUGAGUACAGCUCAGGUACACAGACAUGGACACAAGGGUCUCCUGACAACCAACCUGGAGGCACAUCCAGAAAACGUCACCACCUUCAGAAACUCUUACACUGCACCUGACAAAAGUGGUGUCCGAACUGUCGGAAAGAGGGAACAGCUCCUGACCCAGGCCCUGUACCAAAAAGUGAGUGAGGAUGUACACCAGGAGUUCAACCCGCCCCCUCCUCCAGUCGAGUACAAGUCUGUUACUGCCAAGGACUUCUGGGACGACAACUUCGUCCCCUCCAUGCCUGAACCCAUCAAGGACCAUAGUGUGGAAAGGGAACAACCCAUGACGUUCUGGUCACAACACAAGGACAAGAUCCAUGGAGUCUCACAAGUCAAGACAAUGGAUACACCCUUCAGAAAGAAUGCAGCAUUUAGUACACCAAUUGAAGAAUACAAGGAUCAACCUAAACCAUAUGAACAGGAACAGUAUCCGGAUAUGUAGAUAUAUUAAGUUGUCGACUAGAGAGAGAAUUUGUGAUAAUGUACAGAUGUGAUGCUGUCAGCUAGUCUUUUGUAGGGAAUUCUAUAUACAAUCAUUUUUUUUUAAAUGCUGUAUCAAGCACUUUUGUAAAUAUGUUGCGUAUUACAACAGUUGUACACUACAUUGUGUACAUAAAAGACACCAAGAUAUUUAGAAUUGAUAUGAUUUUUUAAAGUUUUGGUUUCAAUCUCCAUUCAACCAUCCAGCCAUUCAUUAAUCUAUUCCUUCCUCCAUCCUUCAAUUUAUUCCUCCAUCAACACAAAUGUUCAUCCGUCCAUUCAUUCAUUCAAGAAGACAGAGACAACUUUUAUUUAAAUGUACUUUGCUGCUACAUUGUAGCAAUAAUUCUUGAGGAUACAGUGACAUUUGCAUGGACCAUAAGAAAUGCCUAAAUAUUUGUACAGAAGCUACUACAUAUUACAUUCAUCAGGUCAAUAAUGUGUCACAUUUGGUAUAAUCAGUCUGUUGUUGGCAGUGAAUAUGAGUGUACGACUCAUAACUAUCUCUUAUCACUAUUUACUUAUUAUGUAGACACAUGUUGUGUACACUUUAACAUUUUGUAAUGGAACAAUUGAAGAAAAAUUGUCACAGGUGGUCCCACAUUGAAUAAAAUGACAGCACAU